AUGGGAUUCCUGAUGAAGGCAGGUGUGCAGCUGGCAGGGCCCUGGCCGUGCCUGCACGUGGCAAGGAGGACAGUAGGCACCAGAGCAGUGCCGGCCCCCAAGGCUGUGCUGCCCUUUGAAGCCAUCCCUCGGUGCCCGGGCAACAAGUGGCUGAGGGUGCUUCGGAUCUGGAAGGAGCAAGGCCAUGGGAGCCUGCACCUGGACAUGCACCGCACCUUCCAGGAGCUGGGGCCCAUUUUCAGGUAUGACCUGGGAAGAGCACAAACAGUAUGGGUGAUGCUGCCAGAGGACGCAGAAAGGCUGUACCAGAAGGAUAACCUGCACCCCCACCGGGAGAACGUGGAGUCCUGGCUGGUCUACAAAGAACGUCGUGGGCAGAAAUGUGGCGUGUUCUUACUGAAUGGGCCCGAAUGGCGCUUCAACAGACUGCGACUGAACCCGAAUGUGCUCUCACCAAAGGCCGUACAGAAAUUCACCCCCCUGCUGGACACAGUGGCAAGGGAGUACACUGAGGACUUGAAGAAGAAGGUGUUACAGAACACCCGAGGGUGCCUGACCCUGGAUGUCCAGCCUAGCAUCUUUAAAUAUACUAUAGAAGCAGGCAAUUUUGCUAUUUUUGGAAAGCGGAUGUUCCUCUUUGGUCAUUACUCAAACUCUGAGAACCAGAAGUGCAUCGAUGCAGCGAAGGCCAUGUUGAAAUCCACUGGGCAGCUCUUGUUCUUGCCCAGAAGCCUGUCUCGCUGGACUAGCACCCAUGUGUGGAAAGAGCACUUUGAGGCCUGGGACCACAUCUCUGAACAUGUGAACAGGAACAUCCAGCAGGUGUAUCAGGAGCUUGCCCAAGGCGGCACGCCGCAGAACCACGGCAUCCUGUCAGAGCUGCUGCUGGGAGGAGACAUGUCAUUCGAGGUCAUCAAGGCGAACACUCUGGAACUCUUUGCUGGGAGUAUGGACACGACAGCUGUUCCCUUGUUGAUGACACUCUUUGAGCUGGCUAGGAACCCUGACGUGCAAAAGGCCCUGCGCCAGGAGAGCCUGGCAGCCGAGGCCAGCAUCUCUGGAAAUCCCCAGAGGGCCACUACGGAGCUGCCCCUGCUGCGGGCUGCCAUCAAAGAGACCUUGCGGCUGUACCCCGUUGGUGUCUUUUUGAGUAGAAAACUGACGUCAGACUUGGUGCUUCAGAACUACCACAUCCCGGCUGGGACACCCAUCAAUGUGCACCUGUACUCCACGGGCCGAAACCCCGCCGUGUUCCCGAGGCCAGAGCGCUACAGUCCCCAGCGCUGGCUGGACAGGAGGCUGCGUUUCCACCACCUGGCCUUUGGUUUUGGGGUGCGCCAGUGCCUGGGGAGACGCCUGGCAGAGACAAAGAUGCUGCUGCUGCUGCAUCACGUGCUGAAAUCCUUCAGCGUGGAGACACUACACAAAAAGGAUUUAAAUUUGGUCUACCAUUUCGUUUUGAUGCCCGCCUCCUUUCCCCUCCUCACCUUACGUCCUGUCCACUAG